GCAUUUUGUUCUGCGAGGUAUCAUUGGUAGCGACAUAGCCACCAACACCUGCGCCCCUACCUACCUAAAACAAGAAACCAAAAGCUAGUCGCAUGACGGAUUUUAGGAAUUCUUUCUACCACACUAUCAUUCAUCUCGUUUUUGCUUGAUAUCAACAUACCGACAACACCAUUUCAAAGCCUCUACCAACAAUGAAAGGCCCGCUUCCUGAGUCUCAAGUAACCAUUUUACAGCCAACUUCCACUUCGUCCUAGUUUACUAAGAUAUUCGGCGUCUUUGCCAGCAUGGCCACUCGAGCGCAUUACUUUCAAAUCAACGCUCAGGAAGAACAAUCUAUGCUUAAUGCAUGUUCAUCUGGAGAUAUUAGAGCCCUAGAGCAGCUGUUAAAAAAGCAUGGUGUCCAAGGCGGAAACAACACAGGCAAUCUUCCCUUCGACCAAACAGCUACAGCAGACGGACCUGCCAAGUUGAAUACUAUCUCACUGUCUAUACACACGCUUCUCGAAAAGGCAGUCGCGGCACGGCAACUAGCUGUCGUCAAGCUAAUACUUCAAACAUGCCCUGCCAUAUUACUAACCCACGGCCACGGGGUCGUUCAUACUGUUCUCGAAGCCCCAGACUCUGACAUCCUGCAAGAACUCUGCGCCCACGAUCACACAUUCGCCAGCUUCUCGGUAGAUCACGGCAUGCGCAGCUUUUUAACCGACGCGUGCGCACUACCUCCAGCCCAGGCUGUGCCCAUACUCCAUAUUCUUCUGGACAACAAUGCUGACGUUAACGACGGCUGCGGGCCGGGGGGUGGAGCCUUGUAUGCGGCUAUAAGGGGUGGCCAGCCGGUGGAGAUUGUGAGCAGGAUACUGUCGAAGACUAAAACUGUGAGCGGCAGCCAUGGUAUUCUGGGCAUUCGACGUGGCGACGCGGAUAUUGUAAGAGAACUGUUCUCAAGCGAGGCUACGAAUAGGAAACUCAGAGUUGAAGAAUGUAUCGAAGAGGCAAAGAAGACGGAGGACGAGGAGAUCAUCAAGGUUGUGUAGAAAUGGGCUGAUAAGGAAGUUGAGAAGAAAAUGGGAAAGGUGUCCCAUAAAGUGAAAAGGAUAAGAGGAAUUAAAUUGCCUUCAUGUUCAAUGAACUAGUAUCGCACUCAGGAGAGAAUAUGUUCAUAUACUGUUAUCAGACUCACAUGUUUAACGGUGUCCUUUAACCUGUUGACCAUUUCAAUACAGAAGAUUUAGUGUGGGGUAUGCAACAGAUUUAGCGUCACUCUUGCCAAGAGACGUGAUAUAAGUACGCUUGUUGGCGAAUGGACCCCAAUCAGAACCAACAACGAUUUGAAAGCUGUGA